AUGGAAUCAGUUGACAGUAGCUGGUUUAUUAACCCUUCUUAUCUCUUUGUAUUAGGGCAAAUUUUCCAUAGAAUAAUUUGCUGUUUCACGGGUGCUUUGAAGGAAAUAAAAGAUCUCGAAAGUGUCUUAAUGACAACCGAUGGCCUCAUGUUGACAAGACAGCUGGUUGCCUUGCAGAGGGCAGGGCUUGACGGUCUGAACAUCAGCUUAGACACCCUGCAGUCCCAACGCUACAACCAGAUCACGAGGAGGAAAGGCUGGGAGCGUGUCAUGGUUGGCAUAGAUCUAGCCUUGCAACUUGAAUACGACCCUGUGAAGAUAAAUUGUGUUGUAAUGCGAGGUUUUAAUGAAGAUGAAGUGUGCAGUUUUGUGGAGUUAACAAAAGAGAAAAAUGUUGAUGUAAGAUUUAUCGAGUACAUGCCUUUCAGCGGCAACAAAUGGAAUGAUGGGAAGAUGGUCUCAUUUAGUGAAAUGGUCCAAAUAAUUAGAAAGCAGUGGCCUAAUUUUGAUCCUCUGCCCAAUGGGCCCAAUGAUACCUCAAAGGCAUACCAUGUCCCGGGCUUCAAGGGACGUGUGGGAUUUAUUACCUCAAUGAGUGAACACUUGUGUGGCACGUGCAACCGUUUACAGAUAACAGCUGAUGGCAAUUUGGAGGUGUGUCUCUUUGGGUAUUCAGAGAUAUCUCUCAGAGAUGCAAUACGAAGCAAAUGCAGUGAGGAUGACUUGCUUGCCAUGAUUGGGGCAGCAGUGAGAAGAAAGAAGAAACAACAUGGAGGCAUACUGAACCUGUCAAAGAUGAAGAAUCGGCCAAUGAUUCUUAUUGGAGGAUAA